GUGUUGUGUCACAAUUUCUCGGGCUCACUCGAACACUCCAGCGAAAAUCCAGAGCGAGAAAAAAAAAAGAUCGCUAUGCUUUUUCACUAUCUGGGUUAGCACCUGGUACUCUCAAGAAGCCUAAACUCAGUUGCUAUAGAGCUGGAGCUUUUGGAGAUAAAGGUAGUUCCAGACCAGGUUUUGGCACGAUGAAUAAUGUUGCAUAUUUGUGGUCUUCUGCAUGCCAUGCCACUUCUAGCUCCUUACACUAACUUACAGCGGGGCCUUAUAUUUUCCUAAGCUAUAUGUUAACUGAAGUCCAUUCAAAAGUAUUUUAUCUGAAGUAGAAGUGUGUACUUUGUAACUUUACUUGGAUUCCAGUGUCUUUCUUUUGUUUUACAGAAGUGUGCAAUGGGGAGCUUGAUAUUGCAGACUGGAGUUAAAUUAUAAACUAACGUGGAUUUAUAUAAUGAUCCCAGAACCAAGGAACAUAUUUUGAAUACACUACGUCAACUUUUGUGAUGAGUAGGGAAACAGACACUGCUGGAAUUAGUAAGAAUGGUUGCUCGCCCGUUGAUGGCGACACAGGCAAUCAAGCACGUUACAGUCUUGACAAAGAGGCAGGUUUAGCAACUUGUCGUGUGUGCCAAUGUGCUGAAUCUGACAAAAUAGGAGAUGCUGCAUUAGGAUUUUUGGGCAUCAUUCCCCCAAUACAAGAAGGAAGUAAAAGUGAUGGAGAAGUGAAGUCUGAAAACAAUGAAGUUCUAAAAGAUGCUGAAUGUGCUGACUCCAUGAUGAAAAACAUUGGAAGAGAUUCUGGAUUUAUGGAAUUCAUAAGUCCAGAAGGGGAGGUUUUUGUAUGUCGUACUGAUUUAGAAAUGGGUCCAUGUCACCAGCAAGACAUAUUAGUUGAACUCGGUUGUGCUUGCAAAAAUGAUCUUGGUUUGGUACACUAUGCUUGUGCACUGAAAUGGUUUGUUAAUCAUGGAUCCACUGUUUGCGAAAUUUGUGGGCGUGUUACUAAAAAUAUCAGGACUGCUGACUUCAAAAAGGUCGUGGUUUCUCUGAAGGAUUAUGAAACACUAAGGGAAAGGACUGCCAGUGGGCAUCCAAAUCCCGUGCAGGUGAAUACAAGCUCAGAUGUAGACCCUGAUGCUAUUGCUGCUAUUCGGAGGCAACGACUUAGUGAGAUUGCAUUGUGGUUUAAUCCACACACUAAUAAUAUUCAUCACAAUAGUACCCCAUCUGCAGUUUCAGAGGUUGUUUCGGAACAGCCUAUGAAUCAGCCUGUCACUGAAAAUGCUGUUCAUAGUGAAAACCCUGCUACUAAAUGGGUCGUGGAAAGCACGGGGAUCUUGCUUGCUACAGGACUGCUCACCGUUACGCUUGCAUGGCUCAUAGCUCCUCAUGUUGAAAACUGCAAAAAAUGGUCUUCAUAUUCUCCUCGGAGGUGUUUGUGCUUUAACAGUUGUGAUCUUCUUUCGCUUUAUUGUGCUUACCAGAAUUAAGUACGGGCCUGCACGCUACUGGGCAAUAUUGUUCGUCUUCUGGUUUCUUGUGUUUGGAAUAUGGGCUUCGCGCACACAUGGUGCUCAUACAACAUGAUUUCUGAAUAUAUUGUUGUUGCAGAUUGAUUCAAUAUAUCUUCUUUUUGGUUCUGCCAAAUAGUUGGAACUUAAAAGGUAAGGCAUUUGUAAAGUUUGGUUAUGAUGCCUUUCAGGAAGUAUGUUUAUCAUGUCUUCUGUAACUUGCUUCUUUACUGGCCUAGCAUGUUAUUAAGGAUGAAAAAAAAGUGUCGUUUGUUGAGAUGAUGACCUUGACUGCAAUAACUUUUAGUGCAAGCAAGAUGUUGUGAGUUCAAGUUUUGUGGGUGUCUCAAUUAUCAUAAUUUACAAGAUAGGCCCCUGCUCAACCCAGCGUGGGUAAAUGUCAUCUUGUAUUAUCUUUUCGCAUUGGGUCUCGACCCAUGUCGCAAUUGGUCUAUGGGAUUGCGGGGUCGUUCACAUUACCAAAAAAAAAUGUUAGAUUGAUCUGAUGACGAGUUCUAGAAUAGGUAGUGUCUCGAGCAUAUGGUCUACCUUUGGCAUAUGCUCUACUUUGGAACACUUUUAACAGAUACCGAUAUAUAGAGGGUAUUUUGUCAAAAUUUGUAUUUCCAUACUCUAUUUUACCUACUCAACCCAGAUACUGCUGUGAAUGUUUCUCAUCCCUGUGAAUCCACAUUUUCAAGUGCAAACAAUGCUAUUACAGUGGAAUUUUCAAUUUUUCAUAAAUGGAAAUUACAACUAUAAGAAUUUCCAACAAUAAUCAUCGACAUAUUAACACAUCAAAGAAAAAAGUCCCAAAAGUUUAUAGCCUUAUACCAAUAAGAGGUGACUCGAUUGAUAAUUGAUUGAAUUAGAUAUAUGUGUGUCAAUGUUCAAUUCUAAUGAGAAACAAAUUUUUCAA